UAUAACACUGUGAAUGACAUACGAAUUUCCUAAGUUUUGACAUCUUUAUUUCGCUAAUGUGCAGAGAAACCUGAAACAAGUAAUUAGAGGACAGGAAGAACUACCAUUCCCAUUAAAACGCAUGCCUGCUCCAUCAUGUUUUGGCGGUUCCCAAAAGUAUUAAACCCAUCCAACAUAUUUAAGAGAAUAGAAUCGAAUCACUACAGAAAAUAUGAGUAUUAAUAGCAUCAGAUUAUAGCGUUUAUGACAUUUCUGCUAUUGUAUACGAACACUGGCUUUUUUAAUAGUUAAAACGCUAUGUUUGGUAUCGCGGGAAAAUAAAAAUUUUAGCCGCGUUAAUUUACUAAGUGUAGACGCCUUAUCAUUUCAGAUCCAAAAUUAAACGCUAUCGUAAAUGUUAAAUAUCUCAAAUUUUAAUAAAAAAUAAUUUAAUUAUUCUUAAACCAGGAAUCGAAAAACCCAGCUUCUCUGUCUUUUGACGGAUCCUCCUCCUCCUUUCGAUGGCACGCUCGCCAUCCCACCACCACCACCACACCACGUUUUGAUCCUCUCUCUCUCUCUGUUAGGUUUCGAAUCUUACCUCAUCUCGAUCUGUCGAAUAUCAUUCUCAGCCAAAAAAAACUUCUCCUUUAUCAUUUCUUCAAUGAUUAAUGUUGCGUUGGCUUUCAUUUUUUUCAUCAGGCGUUGAAAGUUGAAAGAUUGAAGAGGGUGUGGUUUCCAGCUGGUUCUAGAGUGACAAGGAUUUCUGUUCAAAGGAUCCUUAAUCAUGGUGGUUCAUAUCGCUUCCUUUUGAUUCGGACGCUUCCAAUUUAGUAGACAUUUUCAGAAUGUGUUGGCAUUUUGUUUUAGUUUAAUUUGGGUCUGUUUCGUGUUCUGAUUUUCUGCAUUUCGUUGCAGAUUCAAGAGCGUAAGAAAUGUCCAUUCUCCGAGGUGAGCAAUAGUUUUGAUUAGCCGGCUUGCCAGAUUUAUAAACCCUUUUAAGAACUUAUUUAUCCAUUGUUAUGGUUAUUUCAGAUCUCAGGCAAGCACAAUUUUCUCAUAUCAAGUUUGCAGAGAUUGAAAACACUGUCACAAUGCAGUAUGAAGGGUAAUGUGUUUAUAUGUUACCUCACUUAUUGUUCUUCCGUUGAUGUCUUCUCAAGUUGAGGUGAUUGAUGCUAAGCUUUUUAGGUCUCUGGUGAAGACAAAACUCUUUGAACUUGUGUGGGUAAGAACGGUCUUUGAUCAUGUUCAACACAUAUUCCGUUGUGUGGUUAGCUUGAAACUCCGGUUAGAAGCUUCUUGGGAUUUUGAUUGCCAUUGGUGAAGCUGUUGCUUAUGUUCUUUCUGGAAUGUACGGUCCUGUUGGUCAGCUUGGUGUUGGAAACUCUAUUCUCAUCAUCCUCCAGCUUUUCUUCGCUGGUAUCAUUGUUAUCUGCCUUGACGAGCUUCUUCAAAAGGGUUAUGGGCUUGGCUCUGAGAUCUCCCUUUUCAUUGCAACCAAUAUCUGGUAUGUUAAAAAGCUUUAGUAUUUUAUGCGAGAGAUUGUUUUUAGAUAGAUGCAUAAAGUUUUCAACUUUUGUUGUGGUGACGCAGUAAAAGCAUUAUCUGGAAAUCAUUUAGUCCUACAACAAUCAACACUGGUCGUGGAGCUGAGUUUGAACUUUGAAGGCGCUGUGAUCGCCUUGUUCCAUAUGCUGAUAACUAAAUCCAAUAAGGUUUCUGCCCUCAGACAAGCUUUCUACAGGCAAAACCUUCCCAAUGUUACGAACUUGCUUGCAACGGUCUUGAUCUUCCUGAUCGUUAUCUACUUCCAAGGCUUCCGUGUUGUGUUGCCCGUGAGAUCAAAGAGUGCCCGUGGUCAACAGGGUUCUUACCCUAUCAAGCUGUUCUACACCUCCAACAUGCCAAUCAUUCUCCAGUCUGCUCUUGUCUCAAACCUCUACUUCAUCUCUCAGCCACUCUACAGGAAGUUCAGUGGAAAUUUCUUUGUAAACCUAUUGGGGCAGUGGAAAGAAUCAGAGUACAGUGGGCAAUCUAUACCAGUUAGUGGUCUUGCUUACUUGAUCACAGCUCCAGCAAGGCAAAUGCUCAAUUACUAUGUCCCCAUCAACACAAUGAUAACUCGGUUUUCAGUUUUCUGAAUAUAUGUUUUCUAUGGUUACAGCUUUGCCGAGAUGGCAGCUCAUCCGUUCCAUGCUCUAUUCUAUAUCGUCUUCAUGCUCACUGCCUGUGCGCUCUUCUCAAAGACUUGGAUUGAAGUGUCCGGGUCUUCUGCUAGAGAUGUAGCUAAGGAGCUAAAGGUAUUGUUAAAAGUCAGCUCCACUGAUCAAUAAUUUUGAACACUGUCCAGGUCUGGGAACUCACUUGCUUGAAAUAUAAAAAAGGACUAGGAACAACAAAUGGUGAUGCCUGGACACAGAGUCUAACUUGCAGAAGGAGCUGAAUCGGUAUAUCCCAACAGCAGCUGCUUUUGGAGGAGUUUGCAUCAGUGCACUCACUGUUUUGGCUGAUUUCAUGGGAGUCAUUGGGUCAGGGACUGGAAUCUUACUAGCUGUGACGAUUAUAAAUCAGUACUUCGAAACCUUUGAGAAUAAAAAAGCGAGUGAGCUUGGCUUCUUUGGCUUCUGAAUGAAUCGAGUCUUAUAAAAGGUUAAAUUUUGUUGAGACUAGUGAGAAACUCUUAUGUGUCCACUGUAAUGUUCAAUAGACGAUCAAACUGGUAUAUACUUUUUGAUUAACUAACAGAUUAAGACAAAGCUCUCUGAACUUGCGUGGGUAAGAACGGUUUUUGAUCAUGUUCAACAAAAAAAUUAUUUUACCUUAAGUUCUAAACCCUAAACAUGCCCUAAACCCUAACUACAUAUCUCAAACCCUAUAUCUAAAAUUUCAUUUUAUACAUAAAUCUUCAACUAAAAACAUUUUAAUCCAAACAUUCAUUAUAUAUCAUACAGAAAUAUUCAACUUUAAACAUUAUGAUACAAACCCUACAUAUACCCCUACCCCUACUUAUAAACCCAAACCCUAUAUCAU